GACGAUAGCACUACGUAGUAGUGAUUAGAAAAUUGUAUUCAAUGAAGGAUUUUAUUGAGUGAUUGUUCUUAGUAUGAUGCUGCUGAGCGAGUCAGGUUACCUGCACAAUUAGCGAACUAAGCUGAAACCAGGUUUUCCUUUAACGUUGAUGAAAUACUUGCCCUUUACUUUCCCUUGUUCAUUUUUGUCUCUGAAAUUGUGUUACCUGAGAAACUAUCUACCUGCAAAAUUAGCGAACUAAGCUGAAACCAGGUUUUCCUCUAACGUGGAUAAACAAUACGUACCCUAGUUCAUUUUUGUCUCUGAAAUUGUGUUUGCCUGAGAAACUAUCUUUCUAAAAGGAUUAGGGUUGACAAAUACCGUGGAUGAAUGUUAGGAUUUGAAGUCCUAACAUGAAUCUCAUGAAUUGGAUUCUUUUUCCGGUCUUGUAGAUCAGCUUACCAUGUCGUUACAGACGUUGCAAUAUUGCGUUUUAUGGUUGAAGUUUCAUGGGGACCAAUGCUUGCCGCAUUCAGCGUGACACUUGAUCAGAGUGAUGACAGGCUUGCUGCAGUUGAAUGCUUACGAGGCUUUCGGUACGCCGUUCAUAUUACAGCAGUUAUGGGUAUGCAAACGCAAAGAGAUGCAUUUGUCACUUCCAUGGCCAAGUUCACAAAUCUCCAUUGCGCAGGAGAUAUGAAGCAAAAGAAUGUCGAUGCUGUUAAAGCCAUCAUAUCAAUUGCCAUUGAAGAUGGUAAUCACUUGCAAGAUGCUUGGGAGCAUAUUUUGACUUGUCUUUCUAGAAUAGAGCAUUUGCAAUUAUUGGGCGAGGGUGCUCCAAGUGAUGCAUCUUAUUUUUCUUCAUCCGAGACGGAAGAGAAGAAAGCCUUGGGGUUUCCCAACUUGAAGAAAAAAGGAGCCCUCCAGAAUCCGGUGGUGAUGGCUGUUGUUCGAGGGGGCUCAUAUGAUAGCAGUGCAAUUGGACCAAAUAUUCCAGGGCUUGUGAAGCAGGACCAGAUCAAUAACUUCAUUGCAAACUUGAAUUUGCUUGACCAGAUCGGGAGUUUUCAGUUGAAUAAUGUAUAUGCUCAUAGCCAGCGGUUGAAGACUGAAGCCAUAGUAGCAUUUGUUAAAGCUCUAUGCAAAGUCUCUAUGUCAGAACUACAGUCUCCUACGGAUCCUCGAGUAUUUAGCCUCACAAAAUUAGUUGAGAUCGCCCACUACAACAUGAACCGCAUCAGGCUAGUCUGGUCUCGCAUAUGGAGCAUCCUGUCAGAUUUUUUUGUAUCUGUUGGCUUGUCGGAGAAUCUUUCUGUUGCAAUAUUCGUUAUGGAUUCACUACGACAACUUUCUAUGAAGUUCUUGGAACGUGAGGAGCUGGCUAACUACAACUUCCAGAAUGAAUUUCUUCGACCAUUUGUCAUUGUUAUGCAAAAAAGCAGUUCUGCUGAAAUAAGAGAACUAAUAGUUCGGUGCAUUUCUCAAAUGGUACUCAGCCGUGUCAGUAAUGUAAAAUCAGGGUGGAAAAGUGUUUUCAAGGUUUUCACAACCGCAGCAGCUGAUGAAAGGAAGAACAUUGUGUUGCUGGCCUUUGAGACAAUGGAAAAAAUUGUCCGAGAGUAUUUUUCAUAUAUCACAGAGACGGAGGCAACAACCUUUACUGAUUGUGUUAGAUGCCUCAUAACUUUCACAAACAGCAAAUUCACCAGCGAUGUUAGCCUGAAUGCUAUUGCAUUUCUACGAUUUUGUGCCCUAAAACUUGCAGAAGGAGGCCUUGUGUGGAAUGAGAAGGGUAGGUCCAGCAGUCCCAGUACUCCAGUAACUGAUGACCAUGCACCAGAUACCCAAAAUUUUAUGGAUGCAGAUGAAAACAUAUCAUAUUGGGUUCCUUUACUCACAGGAUUGUCUAAGCUAACUGCUGAUUCCAGACCAGCAAUCCGUAAAAGCUCCCUGGAAGUGCUCUUUAAUAUUUUAAAGGAUCAUGGUCAUAUUUUCUCACGAACAUUCUGGAUUGGUGUUUUCAGUUCUGUUAUUUAUCCUAUAUUUAAUAGCGUGUGGGGCGAGAAUGAUCUGCUUUCUAAAGACGAACACAGUUCAUUCCCCUCUACAUUUUCUCCACAUCCUAGUGGAGUUUCUUGGGAUGCUGAGACUUCAGCUAUGGCGGCACAGUCUCUGGUAGACCUAUUUGUCAGCUUUUUUACUGUCAUAAGGUCUCAACUAUCAAGUGUAGUGUCCUUACUUGCUAGUUUUAUAAGAAGUCCAGCUCAGGGUCCUACAGUAGCUGGAGUUGGCGCGUUGCUGCGGUUGGCAGACGAAUUGGGUGGCAGUUUCUCGAAAGAUGAGUGGAAGGAGAUUUUUUUGGCUGUGAAAGAAGCUGCUUCAUUGACAUUGUCUAGUUUCAUGAAAACACUGAGAACCAUGGAUGAUGUUCCAGAUGAGGAAACGUUGUCUGAUCAGGACUUUAGUAACGAAGAUGACGUGGACGAGGACAGCCUGCAAACUAUGUCUUAUGUUGUUGCAAGAACAAAGAGUCACAUCACCGUCCAGUUGCAGGUUGUUCAGGUAGUGACUGAUCUCUACCAAAAUAAUCAGCAGUCAUUGUUGGCAUCUCACGUCACUGUUAUCCUGGAGAUACUUUCAUCAAUCUCAUCACAUGCCCACCAGCUAAAUUCUGAUUUGAUACUGCAAAAGAAAAUGAGGAGAGCAUGCUCUAUCUUGGAGCUCUCUGAACCUCCCAUGCUUCAUUUCGAAAAUGACACUCACCAGAACUACCUGGACAUUCUUCAAGACCUACUGACAUACAACCCAGGAGUGUCUUUGGAGCUAAACAUAGAGUCUCAACUGAUUACAGUGUGUGUGCAAUUACUGAAGAUGUACCUGAAGUGCACGUUGUUUCAGGGUUCAGAGUUGGAAGAAACCAGGCAGCCUAAAAACUGGAUUCUACCCAUGGGAGCAACAUCGAAGGAAGAAGCAGCAGCAAGAUCUCCACUAGUGGUUGCAGUGCUGAAGGCACUGAGGGAACUGAAAAGAGAUUCAUUCAAGAGGUAUGCACCAACUUUCUUCCCAUUGUUGGUGGAGCUUGUGCGGAGUGAGCACAGCUCUUCACAAGUCCCACAAGUCUUAAGCACCGUGUUCCAUACAUGUAUGGGUCCAAUGAUGGAUGAAUAGAAUAGGAUGGUUGUAAGUGCAUUGAAGUUUGACAUUCGAGCACCUAAAGGAUAGGUUACGAGCAGACACAAAUCACUCUUUUCUUCUUUCGUUUUUUCUUCUCGUGUCUAAUGAGUAUUGACGAAAGAAUGUGAGAUUAACAGGUUUUGUGCGGUUGAUUGCUUGUGCUGAUAUAGAGUAAUUAAUUACUGUUAUAGAAACUAAGAAAAGGAUGGUAAAAAAUUUCUGCACUGCAUA